UGCUCCCGUUCAACUCCGUCACGUCUCGACGCGCUUCCUUCUCCCACGCGAUUCUCUAGCCCCAGUGAGCUCGGGCGGAGCGCGUCCACCUGCAGAGCUCGAGCAGCGCGGGCUAAGCGGGGCCGCGGGAGGAGCUCGGGCCGGGCGGAGCACGGCCGUCGUCAGACCUCGGGUCGGGCGGAGCGCGCCCACCGGCGGGAGCUCGGGAGGAGCGCGGCCGCCGGUAGAGCUCGAAGCCCAACCCCGAUGGCCAGACUCGCCGGCAGUGACGAUCCCAAGCUCCGACGGCACUGGCGAAAGCAGCCGGCGGCGCUGGAUGGAGCAGCGCUGCUUCGAUUCGGGUGGCGGCGCAAACAAUCAGGCGGCGCGUGCGAAGAAUCAAUCGGUAACAAUCAAUUUGGCCUCCGGCUGGUCGAUUUGGGCAAAAGCGCGGCGAAUCGAAUGGGGGCGGACCGAUUUAGGUGGCAGCAGAUCGAUUUGUCUAGCCGAUUUGGGUGGCAGAGCUGGUAGCAGAUCGAUUUGGCUAGCGGUAGUUCAAUUUGGGCAGCAUCCCCUCGAUUUGGAUUGGAGUGGCCUGCAAGGGAGCAGCCCCUGCUGCGGGGAGAAGCACUUGCCGAGCAUGCAGCGGUGGCGGCAGGCAGCUGCAGUCUGGAGGAGAGGGGAAGAAGGAUGGUGUGCAUGACAUGACAGGUAGGCCCUACAAAACGGGCGUUAACGGCAUGAGAGCCAGUUGGAUCUUAGGCCCCGUUUGGGAGGGCUUCACCGGCGGCUUCACGAGCGGCUUCAGGUGAAGCCGUUCCAAAUGUUUGUUUCAGGACCGGCUUCACGUGUGAAACCGGUUCUGAAGCCGUCGGCGGCUUACACAGGCAAAGUGAAGCCAUGAAUUCGUGGCUUCACGCGGCUUACACAUCAAUCUAACAAGUGAAGCUGUUUUGCCAAACAUUUUCUAAAACGGCUCCAACUCCACCAGAAAAGCCGCUCCAUCUGAGGAGCCAGAGCCGAAGCUGUUUUUGGAAGAGCCGAAGCCCUACCAAACAGGACCUUAUUCUUCCAACCAAAUAAAAAAUGGAUCCACUCCAUCCCUCCAACAAUACAUAAAAAUAGAGCCACUCCAACCCUCUAAUCUGGAACGCCGUUCCGUCCUAUCUCGCCCCUCGACCAAACGCUACCUUAGACUGCAAUGCCACAUCCAUGUCCAAUGAAAACAAGAAAGAUCAUCACUGAGAAAAAAUGGAAGUGAGUGGACAGAGGAAGACCCAGGCCCAGGCCCAGGCGGAGCGGAAGGCUGUAGCUUUGAGCCGUUGACCAACAGUGGCUGAACAGUUAAUGGGUCAAUGAUCCCACAACCAACAGUCCCAGGUUGCCAGAGAUGGAUCGGAUGGCGUACGCAUCGUCACUCGUCAGAUCUGGUGAUAAAUUUAAUGACUAAAAAUUAAUAACAAACUAAGGACAUAGUAGGUAGAGAUUUUAUUUGAUAUGUUAGAGGUCAUAAAUUGGAUGGUAAAAGUUAAUAUAAUAUAACUUUUUAUACUCUAUUUUAAUUACACAUUCAUUUGUUGCAAAUCACUAUGCUAAAAAUGAUCAAUACCAACAAGAUGUUUCAAAUGGUGGAUCAUAAGACGUCAAUCUUUCCAAUAUUUUUGAUACCGUCAAUCGAAACAUCAUGUAUUAUAAGUAUUAAAUCUAUAUUUAAGUAUUAAAUCAAACAGUUCCCAUAUACUAUCGUAUCAUUAUUUUUCUUAGUUGUAUUUCUUAAGCCACUGUCUAAAGUCGAGUUGGAGAAUAUAGAUGGUUCCCUAACUUGCUUGUUAUAUAUAUAUAUGUGUGUGUGUGCGCGCGCGCGGGCCCCUUUUCACUUGUAGAAAUUUUGCUGAUUAGUAUUUAUAUGGAAUGUUAUUUUCUCAUUUUAUUUGCUAAAGUUUUAUAUUGUGUGUACCUAUUUAAGAUUUGGAUCAAUAGCUAAUAUUGAAAAGAUUGGCCCGGUACGAUAAUGAUUAGAGGAGAGUCAAUUCAAUUGCUAUAGCAUAUUGCAUAUUUUAUGUAGCCAAAUAGAGUAUUAUUAAAAAAUAUGAUCAACUAAUUUUAUCAUUUCAUCUAUUAUACUAAAAAGGAAAGAUAGUAUUAUAAGAAAAGAAGAAAGUGAGGUAAAGAAAUAAAAUGUGUCACCACUAGGGUUGAAAACGGUCGGGAUAAAUCCCGUUCCGUUCUGCACCGAUUUCUCCAUUUUACCCACUCGUUUUCGCAUUUUCGGACAAAUUCGGAUUCGGUACGGUAAUAUGGGAUAUCAAAUUCAGAAUCGGGACGGAAACGGUUUGACUGUUUUCCCGAUCGUUUUCGGAUUUCCCGUAUUUGUUCGGGAUAUCCCGCUUUUACCAAUUCGGGACAUCCCGUUUUUUUUUGCAGUUGAUGGAAACUAGCCCAAAAAAAUUAGAGCACCCCAUCCGAUUCCAUGACUGUGUUCCCUCCGCCUCCGCCUCCGCCAGCCUACUGCGAACCCGUGCUCGCCGCCCAGUCCAACUGUCCAAGGCCCCCAACCACGUCACGCCGCCGCAGGGGACGGAGCCAGGGGCACCACUGCACCACUGCAGGCCGAGCACCCCCACGAACUGGAGAAUGGACCCACUAUCUCGCUUAGCAGUGAGGGGCAGGAAGAAGACUAAGUGCUAUAGGCUGUAUGUUUUUUAUAUUGUGUUGUGCUCUGCACUUGCGGGUCUUAUUUGUGUAUCUGAAACUUAUUUGUGACUCUGUGUGAAUGCGGCUGUGACCUGUCACCUGUGGACUCUGUGAUCAUGUGAACCAAGGCGUGUCACAGUUCAACACUUAUAUUAUGCUUAACUAUUAAGACUUGUGUUAUACUGUUAUUAUAUCUCUGUGUUAUUAAUUAUUAUGAUUUAUGAUUUGUAUGUGUUGUUGUGUCGGGUUGGUUGGAUGGUUGGGUAAUAUUUCUUCAUUGUACGGGUCGAUAGUUCUGUUUUGACUUUUCGUAUUUCGAUCGUUUUCGACACAUUCCGUUCGAAUUGGUUCGUUUUCGAUAUCCCGUAAUUCCGUGUUCGUUUUCGUGUUCGAGCUUCCCGUUUUCGAUUUCGUAUUCGUAUUAAAAUGUAAAAGUAAAAACAAUAAUAGAGUUAUCCCGACCGAUUCCGACCGUUUUCAACCCUAGUCACCACGGGUUGAUUUAUACUUGCCGAGCAUUCACGGUUCACCCCUAUCAUUCACAAGGGCUAUCAAAAAGGCUCAAAACUCGCGAAGCUAUUUAAAUUUAAUUUGCUAAAAUCUCAAUUCAUAUACUAAGAAUCAAAUUGACCAUGGGUCUAACCUAGAGCUCAUGAGCUCCAACGCGCCGAGAUCGAGCUAUUCGAUAAGUUCGAGUAUUUCUAUUUGCAUGGUAUGUGUAUGCAUCUUCAUUACCUCUAUUAAAUUUUCAACCACCUAAAGCUAAAGUAAUAUAGCCGGAGGCUAAAGCGUUCCAUUAGCUAGCAAGCGUUCUGUUACCUAGCGAGCUGCUAUGUCACACAAGCUAAAAAAUAUAAAAUAAUAAGACUAGAUGUUCAGGUAUGUGUGUUUUCAGCUUCUCUUCCCAUUUAUUCAUUGAUCGCUUAUACAUACUUAUUCUUAUCUAUUCUAUUGGUGCUAUGGAUAUACUCCCUUCGUCCCAAAAUAAAUGUAAUUCUAAGACUAGACACGUAAACCAAUGUAUAGUGUAAAAUUACAAAAAUACCUCUUGUCUUUUAUGAGAAGGAUCUAGAUAAUGUCUUAUCUUUUUUGUAAGAAGACUUCGAAAACUCUUGUCGUGGAUCAAAGUAGCACUUUGCUGUGGGACAAAUUUCAAACUCUAGAUGUGGAGAGAGUAGUGUGAAUAAAAAUAAUAUCUCAGGCUCUGAUCGGCCUCGGCUCGGGACACUGCAGCUUGAGGUGGUAGGCUCGCUCGAGCUCGGCUCAUUGACAGCCCUCCCGCUCAGGCUCACGGCUCACGGCUCAGGGCCUCAGAUCUCCUCGCCUUUCCCUUCUCUCGAACCCUCUCCUCGCUUGCUCUUCCUUCCCUGACGGCGACGACUGGGUGAGCGGCGGCGCCAUCUGUCCUGUCUUCGCCCAGCCCUUUGCCGGCGACAAGCGCAUCCUCCAGGUAUGCCUGCCCCUUCUCUUUUCUUCUGCUGUGCGAGAGGGAGCACCCCAAACCCUAACAAAACUAUUUGUAUUCGGAUCUGAAUCCAGUUACAAUAUUAGUACCUACUAACUUCGAUUUCGUUUGCAAAAAUUAUCGGGUGUACAUGUGUACACCCAUGUCCUAUACUGGGUCCGCCCCUGAACGGCAACACACCAGAUAUUAGCCUUUUACUUUGUUCUUUCAGUACAAAGGGCUCUGUCCUGUUUUUUUUUUAUGAAAGCACUAGAUUUGGUCCUGACUGAUACCUAUAGAAUGCAAUUUGCUGGUGGAUGCCAUAUAUUCAUAUCAUUGACAAGGUUGAUCUGAGGAGCUAUGAUAGUUUAGACACUGUAUAUACUAUGUUCAUUGAGCUGUUGUCUAUGCUCAGAACGAUUUUUUUUCCCAUAAUAUGAUUCGACGACUAGUGCAUUUAUCGGCAAUGCAUGAGUUUAUUCAUAAUGCAUAAAGUAAAACUAUAAGACAAUAAGUACCCGGUAACAAGUUAAGUGUCUUUUAUGUCAGGGCCAAGCUUGCAGCAGUAUGAAAAUCGUUUAGUUGAAUAAUGUCUUUAGUUCAAUAUUCAGAGAGUACUUAUCUUACUCCAUGGAUUGACCGUAGUCUCCAUGUUUCGUCACUCUUAGCUAUUUACUCAAGUUCAGGUUUUAUUUUAGAUUCACACUUAUGUACAUUGUUCUCUAAUUCUUAUUUUUUUUCCUGUUUUUUUCCUUCCCUUCCAUUCAUUUAAUGGAAUUUUGAUGCCUUGCAAUUACACCAGUCUGCUCAAUUUUACCUCAGAUAGCAUCAUCUUUGCCUGUCCUCUUUAACAUACUCUCGUUGACGGUGCUAUCAUAUUCUUGAAAACCUUCUGUAUUUUCUCCAUCUGAGCAUACUGCUAUAUGUGCAUUUAUUCCUUAACUGUCACCUUCUUUGAGGUGCCAUUUUCCAUUUGGUUACCCAUGGCUAAAUCCAUUUUGAGAGUAUUACAUAUCUUUUGUUCUAGCUGUUUCUGUCAUUUUUCUUCCUAUCCAUACAUCAUCACUUUGCUCCCCCAAUAUUGUUGGUUCCUGUGCUCUUUCCAAAGUUUCCUUGGAACUUUGAGCUUUGGAAGAUGUCAAGGAGGACAGAAAAUGCCGCUUCCACCAAAUCAGUUGAAUUGGUCAAACAAGAAGACCAUUUGGAGUUUGAUGAUCCUGACGAGGAAGAUGAAGAGGAAGAAAUUGAGUAUGAAGAAAUUGAGGAGGAGGUUGAGUAUGAAGAGGUAGAAGAGGAGGAGGAAAAAUCUGAAGUUGCGUGUGAAGGUGAUGCUAAACAUGACAGUAAAAUGGUGGAUGUUGAUCAGAAGGAUGAAGAUGAAAAAGGGAAGCAUGCUGAGCUUCUUGCUCUUCCUCCUCAUGGAUCCGAAGUGUAUGUUGGGGGCAUCUCCUCAGAUGUAUCUUCUGAAGAUCUAAAAAAUCUAUUUGAGUCCGUUGGAGAAGUCGUGGAAGUGCGGAUACGAGGAAAGGGGGAUAACAGGCUUUAUGCUUUUGUUAAUUUCAGAGAUAAAGAACUGGCUUUAAAGGCCAUCCAAAAGUUGAACAAUAAGGACCUAAAGGGAAAGAAGAUAAAGGUUUCUUCCUCCCAGGCAAAGAACAGGCUAUUUAUUGGGAAUGUACCCAAAGAUUGGACACUGAAUGAUUUCAAAAAUGCAGUGGAAGAAGUUGGUCCUGGAGUUUUAAAAGUUAAUCUCCCAAAGGCACAGCGUUCAGAUCGCCACAAGGGUUAUGGCUUUAUUGAAUACUACAACCAGGCAUGUGCAGAGUAUGCUAGGCAGAAGAUGUCUACCCCAGAAUUCAAACUAGAUACAAAUGCUCCUACUGUCAACUGGGCAGAUUCUAAGAAUAGUGGUGAAUCUGCUUCUACUGCACAGGUUAAAUCGCUAUAUGUCAAAAACCUGCCCAAGACUGUUACUGAAGAGCAGCUGAAAAAGCUGUUCGAGCAUCUUGGGGAAAUUACAAAAGUUAUUCUUCCUCCUGCAAAAGCUGGUCAUGAAAAUCGGUACGGUUUUGUUCACUUUAAGGAACGGUACAUGGCUAUUAAGUCUUUGAAGAACACCGAGAGAUAUGUACUUGAUGGCCAGCUAUUGGAUUGUUCACUUGCAAAAGCUGAUAAGAAGGAUGGUACUGUAUCAGUACCUACUGCGAAAGGAGGUCCAUUGCUGCCAAGUUAUACCCCACUUGGAUAUGGACUGGCGGGGGCCAAUCCACUUGGAAAUGGACUGGCAGGUGCUUAUAAUCCACUCAGAAAUGGAUUGGCAGGUGUUUAUAAUCCACUCGGAAAUGGAUUGGCAAGUGCUUAUGGUGUGCUUCCUGCUUGUGCUGCACAGUAUGCUUGGCAUUCUUUGCACGUCUGCAGCCAAUUUUGUAUGCUCCAGGUGCCCCUUCAGCUUCAACAAUGACCCCAAUGGUUCUACCAGAUGGCCGUCUUGUAUAUGUACCACAGCCUGCAGGGCAGCAGACUGUGCAUCUGGCUUCGCCUCCGGCCCAGCAAGGUGGUCGUCGUUGUGGUGGCAGCGGCAGCAGCAGCAGCGGUGGUGGAUCCAGCUCUGGUGGAAAGCAGCAGAGAGGAGAUGACCGUGGUAGCAACAACAGUCGCAGGGGCCGACACCGUCCCUACUGAUGUUUGCAAAUGUUGCUGUUAGGCUGUUAGCGCUUAGAAGUUAGAAGAACCUAGCACGAAGAAAGAAUGGCUCUGUUGCUGUACCUAGCUGGCUACCGGUUAAUGCUGGAAACUGUACUUUCUAGGGGUUGUUACUUUUGUCGGUCUGCUCAAACUGCCGUAGAUCUCAUAAUACUGCAAACCGCAGAUGUAGCUUUGGAUGCAGUCGUAGUUCUGUUUAUUCAUCCAGCUUCAGGAAUAGUUGUGACGUGUUUGCUGCACUGGUCUACAUUUGCGUCUCUGAUCAGUCUCGGCAUGUUUACCGUGAGGAAUUGGCUGCUGGCCGAUAA